GUCAUAUUCAAUUGAAAUAGGUUAAUGUCAGUACUACGUGCUUUAUAAUGACACACUGGAGAUUUGUACAGCUUACUCUUAGUUUUACUAACUUAGUUUUGAAUUGUUUUGUUUGAAAUAGAUCCACGAUGUCCCUCCCGAGCAACGAAGAGCAUGACGGACCUCGGGUCCGGUCGAUCUGCUAACUUCAAACCAGUUAGUGUUCUCGAGUCUCUUAAUAGCAGAAUAGAACAAAGACAGCGGAUAAACGGAAGAAACAGUCUUCUAACCUCGCCUGACAACAAGACGAGUGCAACUAAAACAAGUGCAACUAAAACGAGUGCAACUAAAACGAGUGCAACUAAAACGAGUGCUGGAUUCAGUGUAUCCAGUUCAACAGUGGGGAGCACGGAUCACUUCAGAUCCGAGCAACCAGUAGCACCUGCUCCUUCUAGUGAUAAGGGCAUCUGCAAGCCAAGGAAAGUCGAGCUGUACAAAAAGAGCAUACUUUCUUCAGCUACAGAAAAGAAUAUUAGAAUAGAGGAACAACCGAACCCGUGCGAGGAAAAAUUCGAGAUGGAACACAGCGAAAAGUCUUUACCAAAAACACCCUCAAAGUCGGACAGUGAGAAAUCACCAACUAAAAAGUCCGGAACUCGCUCUAAGAGUGAGAAAAGCAAGUCCUCCCCAAAUGCUGGGAGUGUUGGUGUUGGUGGUGGGGAGGGGGAUGUUAAGGCGAGUCUCAUGGACUCUCUAGCCCAACUGGACCCACAAGCUCUACUUCUGAUACAGAGUAUGGUGGAAGAGAUAAACCAGAGUAAAGAUCAGUCAGGAGAAAAGAAGGAGAAGAAGGAGAAGACAGCAGAACCCGCACCCCUAACUACACAACAGCUCCAGCAGUUGAAACAACAGUUGACAAAAAUGGCACUAAAGAAGACAUCUCAAUCUUCAAGCAAAGGUACCCCGCCACCUUACAACGCUAACCACAACACCAAACCUCCUGUAACGAGGUCAAUAGAGGAGGAGAUCCUUAUGCGACUAUCAUCAAGGUUGUCAAUAAUAUCGGAGAUGACAGAACCUGCAGAAGAUCAGGAUAUAUCAGAGCGGGAUAUAACAUACAACAGCGAACUAACGACCAGUGGAACUAAUGAUACAGGUGAUGUGAUACUGAGUGAAUUUGAUGACACACUUGAUGGAACAGAUGAUGAGUUACUGGACGAAGAUGAUGGGAUCAGUAGUUUGGGAAGCUUAAGUAGUACUGGACUAGAGACCCCGGAUGUUCCACCUGCUGAACCAACACAACAACAACUACCACCAGUAGUUUUCUGCUCCCCCUCCCCUCCUCCACCUCCGCAAGCAUUCCGCAACACCCCAUCUCCGCAAGCAACCCCUCACUCCCCCUCUUACUCCCCACAACCUCCCCUCACUCCCAGAUCAGAGGUUGUAAAGAGUAGGGACCGGUUUAAAGCUGCUAAAAACAAGUCUGGGACUCAGAGGGCUUUUGGGAUGAACUUUAGUAACAACUACAAAAUAGAUAAAGGAGCAGCAGAUAAAGAAGAAGUGGCGCCUAGUGAGAAUGCUAUCAGUCUUUAUGUUGACGAUCCUGACGAUGCUGCCACCAGUGACGGUGAAAGUGAAGUGGUAAGGAUCAGUAGCGGAAUUGUUCCCGGAGCUGCACCCACCAGAGAGGUUGACCGUGGACACAGAACUCCACUGCCAAUCGGAGCUUCCCAAGCACUUGCUCAGCGUGUUCCACCUGUUGGAGCGGAUGAUAAGACCCGCAAACAACUCGACUUACAGCGGAAAGCUGUCCUACAAAGUGCAGCUCGGUCGGAAAGUUCUAGAAACUCUGGAACCCCAACCUCAGAACACAGAGAUGACAACAGUCCCCACCCCCUCACGAGCUACUCCAGUCAGUCUGGUCAGUUCUAAUAGCUCCUCUCGAUCAACUGUCGGACGCUCACGUGUUAAAUCAAGAUCCGAGGUGUCCGGGAAAUCUGAUCCGGAAAACAGGAGAUCGGACAUAUCCGGGAAGUCGGAUAACAGUGACCGUGAGAGUUCUAGCUCGAAAACGUUAAGAUCCUCUCCGUUUAUGUACGGGAAGAGCGGAAGCAACAGAUCAAUCUCACCUGCUAACUCUGCCGGUUAUGCUCAACUUAGUGUGAGAUCUAGCGGAGACUGCUCUGAUUCCUCCAAAUCUAAAUCUUCUAACCCUAGCGCCCAGAAGGAACCGGUGCCUCCCGUACGAGCAAAGAAUUCGCCUCAACUGCAAGACAUGAACCAAGCCCAGGAAAAUGUCCGUAAGAGCACUCAGGAGAUUCGUAGGUUAGGAUUCGGUCGGAACAGCUACCAACCUCCACCCUCACAACAACCAGUCACACCUAACAGGGGAGCUCACGGCAGAGCUAGUUUCGACGAUAAUUCCAGACGAUCUCCUAAUGUUACACCUAGAACUCCAAACUCGGGCAGGAGGGUGGUAAAUGAUCAGGGGAGAAGUCCUGAAUCGUCCGGAGACAGGUCUCGGUGUGAAGUGGUUGAGAGACAAGACAGACAGAGACAGCCUGAUGCAUACGGUUCAGAGAGAUAUGAGGGAACUGAUAGGCAGGAGAGACAGAGACAAAGUGGGAGGAGUGGGAGUAGACCUCACGGCAGCAUACCUUCCAGUCCUACGGUUUCGGAGAGAUCCAGACAUCGGUCUUCACAGCAGGAAGCAGAGACCGUAUUCCCACCAACCCCUACUUCUCUCAGAAAGAUGAACAGUCAGAGACCCCCGAGCAGUGGCGGUAGAGAAUACUCCAGACCUCUGUCGUACGGGACACCACGGCAAGGGGAUCCUAGACAACCAGUCUACAACAAAUCUAACUCUAUGGCAUCAGAUCUUGAUCACUACUCCAACAUGUCCCCGCGUGAGCGGUACUCACGAGGGCCGGAACAGCAGAACGGGAGAUUGUACGGAAGUUUGGAUAGGCGCAACGUUAGACGAAGAUGUGAUGAGGAUCACAUGCGAAGUAAUCCCGCAUUGAGUCCGAAUUAUCAACGCAGCAGACAAGAUCUUACUCGACCCGAUCUACUGAAUAGAUCUGAUGGACAAAGCAGAUAUAAUCCACUCGAAAGAUCUGAUCCACUAGAUAGAUCUGAUCGGGAUAAACUCGACAGAUCGGACCCACUUGAUAGAUCAGAUCCAAUGAAAAGACCUGAUGCACCUAGCUACCCUUAUCAGCCACCACACGUCCCGCCUAGAGUUCCCAUCAAAACGGAUCAAGUUUACGAAAACGUCGCAAAGCUUCAAGAUAAAAACUUCGAUACUCGCUCUAAAGGAGGCAUGGUGUCUCUACACGUAGACAGUUGUUCUGAUUCAAGUGAUCCUGAGGAUGAGCUCACUAGGAUAACUGAACCUGGAUACAGGAAAGAGGAAGCAGCACCCUCGUCCCCUAUACCACGUGACGUUCACAACUGGUUACGAGAGACGAUAAACCACGCUAGGUUAGACUCUGGGAGUAACACCACCUCCGUGGAGGACAAUGUUAGGAGCGACGGCAGGUGUCCUCUCGAAACGAGUAGCACUGUGAGUUCAGAGAGAAAAGUCGAAGCAAAACCAGUCAAUGGCAAAGUCAGAGGCUAUCACUUCGACAUCGACGCAGCAGUAGCCAAGCUCAAGAUAAAGAAAGAACCCAAAAUGACUACCGAUCAGCUGACUGAUGCGCAAAAAAAUAGCAGUUUGUGUAACUACUACAACCCGAACCUGGAUAGCACGCUACCCGGUAAGAAUGGAAGCAUCCGAAACCCUGGUAACCCUGGUAACCCUGGUAACCCUAGAAACCCAGUCCAGUCUGUACCACAGCGAUAUCAGCCCGGAUCCCACGGACCAGAAGCUGAACCCAUCCAACAACAACAAAUGAUGAACAACCCGAUGCAGUUUAUAGACGUGGCUCACGAGAAGAAUGUGCUGUUAGACAUGUACUCUGAUCAACUCUCCGUGCUGGAGUCCAACCUUCCUGAUCUGUUUGAAGACUCUAAAGAUCCUACCAACCUUCACAAACUUAUUCUCAAACAUCUCGUCAAGGCGCAAAACGAAACCUCAGACGCGUUACUCCCGAACAUGAAGUCCCAGAAACUAACAGAAGUACAGCCUGACUACACCAGUGUACCGUACUACAAACAAAGCAAGAAGAGACUGAAGACCCCUGUCAGCGAUCCGGAUAACUUCAGAUGUAUUGGCAAGAUUAUCUACAGUACUACUGGCAAGGUGAAAGUGAUAGAACUGUACCGACCCUACGAUGGGUACUUUGGUUUCCAGAUAUCCCCUACAAUACAAGAUAAUAAACUCCGGGUUUUUAUCAGCGGGUUCGGACAUGGUCUUACUGACAAACUCUUUACUGGUCUUAUAGCGGUUGGAGAUGAAGUGCUGAACGUGAACGGACACAGUGUCGGCAGUAAAAGCUUCACGGAGGUCAUCUCGAUACUCUCAAUGUCUCAGACCCUUCUACUCACCAUUAAAUCUAACGACCCAAAGUUUCAGAGUCCUCCGGUAACCCCACAAGUCAGCCCAAUGCAUACCGUCAUUACUGGCAGACGACAGAGAUAACUGGCACUGGAGUUUGUUAAUUAAACUAAUUUUCCUUGGAAACUCCCAGGAAUGCCUUGGCUGCAUUUGGAUUCUAAUUUAUCGUUAUGAAAACGAUCAGAUUAUGGAAUGCGACAUAACAGCAAUAGCUAUAAUGUCACAAUAAAUAAAAUCGCUAAAGUGUGACAAAAAAUAAAGCAUUUUUUGUCAUAAAUGUGACAAAUGGGCAUUACCAGAGUUGAUCAUAUUAUGAAUCUGAAAUGUAGAUAUACGACUUUGCAUUGUACAUAUGACUCUCAAAUGAACUAAAAUUUUAGAACUCAACUGAUUUUGUGUUGGGACUAUAAAUAAAUUGGUUUUAUACCAAUUAGAUUAUUGUUUUAACGGUUUUUAUUUAGCGUUCACAUAGGAAUUGUAGUAAAUGAAUGUUUAUAGAUAGAUUUGUUUUAUAAUUUUUAGUUUGUUAACUUCUGUUUGACGAUUAUUAUUAAUGCAAUGUGUUCAAUUUUUUAAUUCC